CCUGAAUAAACAGUAUUGUUUCCCAGUAUCAUGGACUAAGAUGCAACAUUUUUGCUCUGUGCAGUUACGUAACCCAGAAGGCAGUGUCCAACCAGUUCCUAUAAUAGUCCAUGAAGCCCCAGCCAGAAGGGACUAGUUCUACACUCUGCCGAAAGAGAAGGACAGCGAACAAUCUGCACCAUGGAAUGGGCUGGUGCAGUCAUCCUCCUCCUUGUUUUCUUUUUUUCUUGCCCUUUGCUCAUGUCUUCUAAGAGGAAACGGUUGCACAAAGGGAAACCUCCUCCGGGACCCACUCCCCUGCCCCUGAUCGGGAAUUUCCUGCAGAUGAAGUCAUCUGAAAUCUUAAAAUCUCUUCUCAAGCUAAAUGAAAAAUAUGGUCCUGUUUUCACCGUCUAUUUUGGAUCACGUCCGGUUCUGGUUUUAUGUGGACACCAAGCUGUGAAGGAGGCCCUGAUAGACAAGGCAGAAAAGUUCAGUGGAAGAGUCUGCAUGCCUUCAAUGGUGCCUACCUUCCAAGGAUAUGGAGUGGGCUUUGCCAAUGGAGAACGCUGGAAGGAACUGCGCCGGUUCUCCCUCGCCGUCUUGAGGAGUUUUGGAAUGGGGAAGAAGUCUAUUGAACAGCGAAUCCAAGAGGAGGCCCAAUUCCUGCUUGAGGAAUUUCGGAAAACAAAGGAAAAGCCUUUUGAGCCUACCACCCUCCUCAGCCAUAUGUUCACCAACAUCAUUUGCUCCAUUGUUUUUGGAAACAGAUUUGACUAUGAGGACAAGGAAUUUCAGGCCCUCUUGGUGAUGGUAAAUGAAUUCUUCUGGGAAAUGAGCACUUCCUGGGCCCAGUUCUAUGACGUCUAUGCCAACUACCUGAACUAUAUUCCAGGGAUCUACAGUAAGCUCUAUGAUUCCAAGGAUUUGAGGCUCUUCGUUGCCAAGAGAAUCAAGAAGAACCAAGAAACCUUUGACCCUAACUUCCCACGUGACUAUAUUGAUUGCUUCCUUAUCCAGAUGGAAAAGGAAAAAGACAAUUCAGACAGUGAAUAUAAUAUCAAGAACUUGCAGCUAAGCAUUCUUAAUCUGAUUCUUGGUGGAUCAGAGACAGGGAGUUGCACCCUGAAAUAUGGCUUCUUGUUUCUGACGAAAUAUCCUGAAGUGCAAGCAAAAGUGCAUGAAGAAAUUGAUCGAGUGAUUGGUCAUGAUCGUGUCCCAAACACUGAAGACCGGAGGCAGAUGCCCUAUACAGAUGCCGUUAUCCACGAAGUGCAGAGAUGCAGUGAUGUUCUUCCUAUGAGUUUGGCCCAUAUGGUUACUUGUGACACUGAACUCCGAGGAUAUCUAAUCCCUAAGGGGAUGACAGUCUACCCAAUACUCAGCACUGUCUUGCAUGAUCCCACAAUGUUUAAAAGCCCCAAUGCUUUCAGCCCAGAAAACUUCUUGGAUGAGAAUGGAUGCUUCAAGAAGAAUGAUGCCUUUGUGCCUUUCUCCUCAGGGAAACGGAACUGCUUGGGUGAAGUCUUGGCCCGCAUGGAGCUUUUCCUUUUCUUCACCACCAUCCUGCAGAGUUUCCAAUUGAAGUCCCUUGUGCCUCCUGAAGAUAUUGACCUCACUCCUCAAGAAAGUGGCUUUGCCAACAUCCCACCCUUUUGCCAUCUCUCAGUCAUCCCACGCUGACCCCAAGGUCUCUUUCUCCCUCAGAAGCUGCAUUGACGGACACCACAAAUAGAAUCAUAGAAUUGUAGAGUUGGAAGAGACCUAACAGGCCAUCCAGUCCAACCCCCUGCAAGAAGUAGGAAAAAGUAGAAGGAAGGGAAUUUUCUCUGUUUUCUGUCUCUCAUAAAGAGGACUGAUUUUUUUUAAAGAUAUACGGCUUCUGAAUUUCACCCCCUUAUUAGGACUUGUUGUCCUGAGGUAUUCCCAGCAUGGUAAUAAGGAUGCUUUUGACCCAUUCUAGCACUUGAAUCCCACCCAUGGGAGAAAAGCGGGAUAGAAGUGAAAUAAUAAUUAUUAAUAAUAAUUUAUCCUAUUUCCUGAAGUAUCGGAAGAGGGUGAUGCCUCUUAAAUUUUAGUUAUGUCUCUAUAUCAAUUGCUUAUAAAGUAUUGAAGUUGCCUUGAAAUUAUCUAAUUUGGAAUUUGUGAGAAAAGUUAUGAGUGCAUAACCGUUUGAUUCUGGAAUUAGGUAGUACCGUUGGCCCUCUCUAGCCACAAAUUCCACCAUCGACAACUUGAAAAUAUUCAAAAAUAAAGACAUUCCAAAAAGUAAAUCUGGAUUUGGUGGUUUUAUGUAACAGACAUCAUUUUUUUACACCAUUUUAUAUAAUGUGGCUUGAGCAUCCAUGGAGUUUGAUAUCCACAAGAGGGUCCAGUAACCAAAUCCCACCAGAGAGCAUCUUCCCGGUACUUCAGGUCCCCAUUUCUGUGACAGAGGCACACUAAUAAUUCCACUUUUUCCCAUCACUGCCUAGCGUUACACCUACACGCAAGCUUCCUGUCACUGUUCAUCCUCAUAGCAGAGAUCAUUUUUGUUAGUGGGGCUGUGGAAGCCUCAGCUACUUCUCGAUCAAGAGAGGAACACACCCUUGGCCAUCACAAUGGAAUCUGCGAGCAAAUAGGAUCCUGAAUAUGAACUAGUAGUCAUGAAUGCAUAGCUCUAGGUUAACUUCCUUAGUGAAUUCUGGCUAAUGUAUUUUUCUUUGGGCUAUGGUUUCAUUAUAAAUAAUCAGUCUCGUUGAUCUAAGAACCACUAGAACAUGAACAAUUUUUCAGGCCAGCAGUGCCAGAAGGUUAGGUUAGGUCUCAUUGUAUAUGAAUGUGAUCUACCUAUUGUGUUAUGCCAAGUCCUGGUUAAACAAACAAAGAUUUCCCAAGAGUCAAAGAAAGUCCCAAUAUAUUAACAAAACAGCCUCAUGAGCUAGAUUGUUUUUAGGCUAGUAGCUUUAGCAUACACACAGGCACGUGAACAUGCACCAUUGAGAGCAAGAUAAAGCCGAAAUCCCGUGUUCAAGUUGCGCAGUACCCACCACACUGAUUAAACAGGGAGACAGCUGAGCAAACUGGACUUCUAUCUCACAGGCACAGCAGUCAAAUUUUUGCUUCUGCAUCAUUCUUCUUUCUUGUUCCUUUCCUAUCUUGUACCUUUCUUAUCUUGUCACCCCCUCCCCUUCUCUUGCCUGGUACCUUCUCCAGAAGAUUCCAAGGCCAAAUGCUAGCUUGAGAUCAACAAAUGAGAUCAUAGACAUCACUUGUGCCAAAGAGGUGUGGAGGUGAAGAAGACCCUCAAUAACUGGUCAGUUAUAGAUAAGACGACAUAUAUAUCCUUUGUUUCUGACGCCACGCUUCGUGGCAGCCAUUGCGAGUACAAACCUUUUGGGGUGUACGGCUGUUCCGCCUUCUCAUAGCUAUGUGAAAAUAAACUUUGCUUUUGCACUC